GCUUGUGAUAGUGAAAUUCAAGCAGAUUUAACUGUAUUGAAAAAUCACAGUAAGGGAGCUAAACAUUUAAAAAAUGUAAAGGUGAUUGCGAAAAAUCAACCAAAAAUGUCUACUAUGUCUUCUAAUAAAAACGAAGCUAGUGGUCAAGUGAGUAGGGCAGAAAUAAAAAUUGCUGCAUUAAUAUCAGAGCAUAAUCUACCCAUCAAGCUGUGUGAUCAUCUGAUUCCUUUAUUAAAAGACAUAUUUCCUGACUCGAAAAUUGCCCAAGGAAUGCAGAUGGGAAGAACCAAAGCAACAGGUGUUAUAAAACAUGUUUUAGCCAAAUCUCAUUUGGAAGAACUAAUCGCUGAACUAAAAGCAAAAAAGUUUAGCAUUUUAGUAGAUGAAUCUACAGACAUAGGUGUAGUAAAACAUAUAUGUGUAUGUGUUAGUAAAUGGAUAAGGAAAAGGAAAAGAAAAAGGAAAAGGAAAAGAAAAAGGAAAAGUAAAAGGAAAGGGACAGGAAAAGGAAAGGAAAAGGAAAAGGAAAAGGAAAAGGAAAAGGAAAAGGAAAAGGAAAAGGAAAAGGAAAAGGAAAAGGAAAAGGAAAAGGAAAAGGAAAAGGAAAAGGAAAAGGAAAAGGAAAAGGAAAAGGAAAAGGAAAAGGAAAAGGAAAUCUAA